AUGGACGGGCCCAACGCCUUGGAGAAAGAUUUCUCUCGGCAAGAUCCUUACGGCAAUGGAUAUGGCGGACAUACGCACCUCGAAGCCUCGGCCGAUUCGGGUACUGCAUUGCAUCAGAUUCGAACAGCAGGUAGCAUUUCCAUCUCGCCAGAACUUUUUGAGAAACUAUAUCUGUCACCACAGAACAAAGUAAAAGGAGAGCUGCGCAAGACAUUCGGUAACCCAACGCCUCUCGCUCUUAUCGGUUUUUUGUUGUCUCUGCAUCCUUUGAGCAUGACGCUGAUGGGAUGGCGAGGUGCUGGUGGAAGUGGAGCAGCAAGCACCGGUUGGUACUAUUUCGCGGGCGGUCUGCUCAUGAUUCUCGGUGGUCUUGGUGAAUGGAUCCUCGGAAAUACCUUCCCCUUUGUUGUCUUCUGCUCUUUCGGUGCCUUCUGGCUCGGUUUCGCCGCCACCCUUCAGCCUAUUUACAACGCAUAUGGCGCGUACGCCGACCCUAACGUCGCAGGCAGUACAGGCCUAGAGUCUGCUGGCUUCAACGUCGGUCUUGCAUAUUUCCUCAUCAUGAUGGGCAUUCUAUGCUUUGUUUACCUCAUCUGCUCCAUCCGCACGAAUUUGGUCUUCUUCCUUAUCUUUUUUACCCUCGUGCCUGCUUUCGGCCUCCUGGCUGGCAGUUAUCUCCAGGCUGCAAACGGUCGAGCAGCACUUGCUGCCAAGCUUGCUGAAGCUUCUGGUGCAUUCUGCUUCGUUACUUGCCUCUGUGGAUGGUACAUCUUUUUAGCAAUUAUGCUGGCUAGCGUCGACUUCCCCUUAGACCUUCCUCUUGUCGAUCUUUCGAGUGUAGUAAAGGGCGCCAGCGAGAAGCGCAAGGUGGACCACAUGGAGUAA